AUGUUGUCGUUUUUGGACGAUAAAGAGUCUAAACGGCUCGCUAGCGAACAUCCAAUAUUCGACAUCGCGGCUCUCCAAAGAGACCAUGGGCUGGAUCUAGUGAAAAGUGAGCUCCAACAUAUUCAUUAUGAUGGCAGUAACCAAAGUGCUGCGUCCAGUGAAGAACAGAUGCUUUCCCUGUUCGCACAGGUGGGAUCCUACUCGAGCACAGAGAAGCCUCCCGCACAGCUCGACUCACCGCCAUCACCCGCUUUGCCACCGGUGUCCAGCGCAGACGCCACAGCUGCAGAUAACAUAGGGACGAAGAGUAACGCUGCCUAUACGCAUUCCAUGGACGAGGAGGAGGAACCGAGACGGAAGCGGCCAUACCAUCGCCGGCACGCCCUCACCUCUCAACCUCAACAACAAGACGAGUUUGAGCUGUUUGGAGCCAUAGUUGCAGCUCAACUGCGCAGGGUUUCGGACGAUUUUUCGCGUGCCGCCUCGCUGCGACUACAAAAGAAACUGAACGAUGUGAUAUUUGAGUCACAAAUGGAAUUGCUGGAAAACGGGAACUAG